AUGGUUUUCCCCCUUCGCGAUGUCAAAGCGGGAUUUUUGCUCUCUGAUCUUGCCGCAGCGACGACGGCGGGAGACUCCCGUCUUCACGUUAACACCGCUUCAGAUUGUCUCAAGCGAAGUGAAAACUUGCACCGUAUAGCGACGUGGGUUCCCAGCAUCGACGCUUUGCUUGAUGGAGGCAUUCCUCGGCGCAAGGUAAUCGAAGUGACCGGCGCCGCCGGCACCGGGAAGACCCAGUUUUGCAUGCAGGUAACGGCGUCCAACGAACUGUCGAAGAAGUCGACCGUAUACGUAGAUUCUAAGGGAGGUUUCACGAUAGCGCGGUAUAGAGAAAUCUUGGCGGGAACCUCGAGAAAGCAGGAUUGCACCUCUGUUCCGUGUGGCGGAGCCGGCCUGCGCUACAUGUUGUGCGAUUCGUGGCAACAACUGGUAUCCACCGUAUGGCUCUUGCCCGACGAACUCAGAAACUGCGAAGUGAAGGAGGAGGAGGAAAUAACGUUGGUUGUUUUAGACGGCUUUGACUUUCACCUGAGGAAUCAGCUUCAGGACCCCCGCGAGAGGAAGAAGGUGCUCAGCGGACUGACGCAGAAGCUCGUCGAAAUCGCGAACUGUGGUGCAGCCGUACUAGUUACGAAUCACUUGUCUAUGAAGCCCAGCUACAGCGACCCGUCGUCCCUUGUGAUUGCUCCAGCUUUGGGACAGGGGUUUGGGCACGAGUGUGCCUACAGGGCAACAUUCGUGGAAGAGGAUGGUCUCUGCAAGGCUAUUUUUUACAAAGCACCAACGUUCGGACGUACCACGGUGUUGUUUAGAAUACAGCGGGAGGGAAUUGUUGAAGAGACUGACGGCUUUUAAAUACCGUGGUCAUGCGCUGAUAUAUGAGCGUCGUGGGUACAUACAAGUCUUACAUGUGAUAUACUCUGCUAUUUUAAAGUUUAACUAUGCUAUCAUACACACUAUUACUUCAUUUUAACAUUUGCCUUCUGUGAUAAGUUUAUCUUGUAAAUGGUCGCGGAUGAAUUUUUCUUGUGUGUGGUUUCUCUGGAACGAUUUGGGAGUUUCUAAUUUACAUUGCAGUGGAAAAUUGCAUUAGGAUGUACCUUGCACAGAACUAUUGCAGCAUGUCUUGUGCACUACCUUCCACAAAUUGUUUGAUCCUGUCUUAUUUGUUGUGUUGUAUUCGUUUGACAAACACAUGCUGAUCGCACUUUUCGAUCUCCUUUGCUGUGCUGAAAUAACAAGUUCAAGAAGCAGCAUAUUUGAGUGAAAUUCCAUGUCAACUGAUAGAAACUUUGAAAUCCCUUGUCCUGUAAACGUUUGUGGGUGACGGCUGUACUGUUGGCAUCAAACGAAAUGCGAACAGCAAAGUGCAAGCCCAAAGCAUUACUGAAGCUGCAGUGCACGCCUUCGGCCAUUCAUUUCCAGAAACAGAUGCACACAUCUGGUUUGCCCACAGAGUGCUUGCCCUGCUGCGAUAGUUUUGCUUCUGUUUCCCUUUGUUUUCGUUUUUUCGCUUUUUAA